UGGGUUGAACUAGGUAGCCAUGGCGGUGACGUCACGCCGGGGCUGACAGUGACAUCUGACUGCAGAGAAGGCGCCUGAGACAUUGCGUAGAACGCAAAAGAGAGCGGGGAAGGGAGUGAGCCUCUGCCUUCGGAGGAGGAGAUCCUGGCAGAGAAAUUAACAAAGGGAGAGGCUGAACGCGGAAAAGAUAAGGAAACAAGAUAAGAGAGGAGGAAAGGAUUAAGGGAGUUGUUUUUUAAAGUGAGAGGCUGUUCCCCACGCGCUGCAUUCCCCCGCUGCGGUAUUAUUCCUGUGCUGUGUUGAACUGGAUUAAAUUCUACCCAUGACUUGUUCCACGGCAGUUCUGGGUUGACCAUCCCCUCCGCAGGAACGGCAAGAAGGUGGGGACACAGAAGAUCAUUUCUCUGGCAUCUCCGUCACUAACCCCCAAGUAUGGAUGCCCAGGCUGUGGAGGAGAGUGCUGGGGGCAGCAGGGUGCAAGGGGGACCUGUACUGCACAUAGUGGUGGUGGGGUUUCACCACAAAAAGGGCUGCCAGGUGGAGUUCUCUUAUCCUUCUUUAAUACCAGGAGAGGAACAUGAUAGUCACAUUUUACCUGAGGAAUGGAAGUAUCUGCCAUUUCUUGCUUUGCCCGAUGGAGCACACAAUUUCCAAGAAGACACAGUGUUUUUUCAUCUUCCACCCAGAUGUGGAGACCAGAAAACAGUUUAUGGUGUUUCCUGUUACAGGCAGAUUGAAGCUAAGGCCUUAAAAGUGCGUCAAGCUGAUGUUACCAGAGAAACAGUGCAGAAAAGUGUUUGUGUACUUAGCCAACUGCCUCUAUACGGUCUUCUUCAAGCAAAACUUCAACUGAUUACUCAUGCAUAUUUUGAAGAGAAAGAUUUCUCUCAAAUCUCAAUUCUUAAGGAACUUUAUGAACACAUGAAUGGCUCAUUAGGAGGAAGUGCAAUAGAAGGAUCACAGCUUUAUCUUGGUUUAUCUCCAAGAGAUCUAGUCCUACAUUUCAGGCACAAGGUUCUAAUAUUGUUUAAAUUGAUCCUGCUUGAGAAAAAGGUUCUGUUUUAUGUUUCGCCAGUGAAUAGAUUAGUUGGUGCACUGAUGACUGUCUUAUCUCUAUUUCCAGGGAUGAUUGAGCAUGGCCUUACAGACAGUUCCCACUACAGGCCACGGAAGAGCAUGUCAGAAGACGUAGGAUAUCCGUUAGUUACGAAUUCAGAGGACUGUACUUUGGCUGCCUCAGGGUUAAAUGCUAAAGAAGAAAACCAAGAAUACAAUAAGAAUACAGAGAAUAGCAAGAUAGAUACAUUACUUUGUGAGCAUGAGGCCGACACUAAUGGCAGUAUUGAAAAACUGAAGCCUCCCUCACAUACAUCUCCAGAGUCUGUUGAGAGUGACUGGGAAACCUUGGAUCCUAGCAUAUUGGAGGAAUGUAUUACACGGGAUGAAGAGGAAAUUUGGAGUACAGCACCAGAGCACCCAGACUUGCUUCCUACGGAUACAAUUAACUCAGACAGUGCUCCCAUAACAGUUCAGCCGCAGUCAAACACAGGACAGUCUGUAUACAUUCCAGGCCUUGUAUCAGGAUUAGAAGAAGACCAGUAUGGAAUGCCCUUGGCCAUUUUUACCAAGGGCUAUCUGUGUAUGCCAUACAUGGCUCUGCAACAGCAUCACCUCCUCUCUGAUGUCAGUGUACGUGGAUUUGUAGCUGGAGCUACAAAUAUUCUCUUCAGACAGCAGAAGCACCUAAGUGAUGCCAUUGUUGAGGUAGAUGAAGCCCGAAUCCAGGUUCAUGAUCCUGAACUGAGGAAGAUCCUUAACCCAACAACAGCCGAUCUUCGAUUCACUGACCAUCUGGUAAAGCAUGUCAUGGAAAACAGAGAUGAUGUAUUUCUGGAUGGAACGGGCUGGGAGGGAGGAGAUGAGUGGAUCAGAGCACAGUUUGCACUCUAUCUCCAUUCAUUGCUGUCUGCCAGUGUACAACCAGAUAAUGAAAAAAUGCUUUCAGAUUAUGGCUCUGCCUUCGUUGGAGCAUGGAAAAUUUCUCACAGUUAUAGGGUGUGGAACAGCAACAAGCAUCCCGCUCUAGCGGAGGUAAAUCCUAGUCACCCAUUCCAAGGCCAUUACAGUGUAACAGAUGUAAGGUUGAGACUUUCACACUCUGUACAGAAUAGUGAUCGAGGAAAGAAAAUAGGCAAUGCUGUUGUUACAACAAGCCGAAGUAUGGUACAGACCGGAAAAGCUGUAGGCCAGUCUGUUGGAGGAGCUCUAAUCAGUGCAAAAUCUGCUAUGUCAUCAUGGUUCUCCACGUUCACUCAGCAAUCAGCCUUGGAACCACAGGAAGAGAAGCAGUGAAUCAGAAAAGAUCCUUUUGCUUUGUGGCUUUUCAUUGUUUUUUUUUUUUUUGUUUUAUAAUGCCUCAUGACUGCAGCUCACGUUUCCAUAGAGACACUCGAGGGUCCAUAAAGACCAGUUUUGUGCUUAUCGGAUACAUUGACACUGGAAGAGAUGCUCCGCUUUUGUUUAAAAAAUUAAGGCUUAAAAGCACUAGCUGAUGAACAUGUAUUUUAUUUGUUAGUUUACAUUCUGCAAUAUCUUUUAUUUGAAUUGGUCUAAAAAGAGCAGCAAAAACGGUUAACGAGGUUAUGUUUCUCUUUGGAUAUAUACAUAGCAGACAUGCUUUAGCCAAUGUUAUCAAACAGAUUUACAAUAAAGAGGGGACAUCCAGCAGAAAAAAAA